GGCCCCAGUACGAGUGUGAGUGUGGCCGGGCACGGCGCGGUCCCUGGGGCGCAGCGCAGGGGGCCGGACGUGCACUAUAGCGAGACUGGGGUGAUACUCGCGGCCACGCCUGAGGACUUGGAUAUGGGCGUGGGCGUGGGCGCGGGCGCGGGCGCGGGCGCGGGCGGGAGGGCGAGGGACAGCACCCCGCUGAACGUGAGCCCGCCGAAAGUCGUGCCGCGGAUAUCGCGGCUGUCGUUUGGGGCGCCGCCGCGGAGACCUCUUGCGGUCCCCGGGGAGGGUGCGCCGGCUCCCGCUACGCCUGCCUCGUCAGCUAUCAGUGACGACGCUCGGCAGGAGUUGUUGCGCCGGGACGCGCAGAGGACGGCGAGUACUCGUAUUACGCAGAGGGCAGCCGGGUCCGUCAAGCGGAAGAUCGCACCGAAGCCAGACCAGCCGCAGCCGCCGCAGCCAGCGGCGCCGACUCCGUCGACGCACGAACCCGCCUCAACUACAAACGAUGCCGAGAACGGCCCGCCCUUCCCUAGCACCGUCAGCCCCGCCCCCACCCCCCCUACAACGCUUCCAUCCCCUCCCCGGGCCCAGGGGAAGAAACGCAAACGUGCGCCCGCGCCGCACUCGAGGCACCGCGUCUGUGCAGCGCCUGGGUGCGGGAGGCUCGUCGCGCCGCACUUCCAGGGCGCGCGGUGCGUCGAGUGCGCGUUCGCGCGGUGGAGGGGUGCGCUUCGCGCGCGGUUCGAGGGCGUGCGCGCGGAGCUUGCGGGGCCUUCUCGGCCUGUGCAGAGGGAUGUCGGGAGAGAGGAGAGGGUCGAGGGGGUGGAACGGGCGCCGCGGUCGGGGAUGGGGGAGGGCGCACUGGGUAAGGAGGGAGGAGAGAGCGCUGUAGGCUCAGAUAGGGAGGGAAUGGGGAAGACGGGGGAUGCGAUGGACGUCGAUGGGCCCGCGGCGGACGCUGCUGCUGUUCCGGAGCUGGGCUCAGGCAAUGGCCCGGCGAGGGAUCCUAUUCUCGACGGUCCUGAAGACAGUACAGAGCAGACCAGGCAGCCGUCCACGUCUGUCAAGUCCGUGGUGCUCAUCGUAUCUCCGCCACGAGUUCUUGAUACUGAAAAGAGCGUCGAUUCGUCCGAUGCGGCCUCGACCAAACCCGUCGGUACCGAGAGCCCGCGCCCGCGGUCGUCCGAGGCCACUGCUGCGAAGCCAAAGAUCAAGUCUGUCAAGCUCCGUGUAUCUAUCCCAGACACGCAUAUCGCGCCCGCGGACACGGUGGGGGCAUAUGUACCUAGUCCGCUCAAUGAGUUGUCGUUCGCCGCCGACGCUGCAGAGGACGACAACUACGAGAUAGAAGUCGACCCCCCCUCUCCUGGGGACGCGUCCGACGGAGAGACCACCGACAGCGAGGCAUCCGUCCCGCUGGCCACCCUGCGCCCGUCCCGUGUCCCCUCGCCCAUCCCCUUCUCAAGUGCGGGUCUGCCACCUCCCGUCCGCCGCGUCCGCCUUAUCCUGGGCCCAAACCCUUCACAGCCACGGUCGUCUCGCGAGUCGUCCCCAGACGUCCCGCUCCGGUCGAGGACGUCCUCUAGGAUGCGCAGGUCAUCGAGCAGCCACUUAAGCGACCGCUGGCACGAGCUCGGAUGGAACACUGAUGACUCCGAGCUCACUCCGCUCGAGGACUCGAGUGACGAGGGUGAGUCCGAGAUCGAUCUGCCGGAGAGCGACGAGGAGCAGGACGCGGAGGACGCUGGGACGAGGAAGCUCUCGAUCAAGAUCCCGCAGAGGCCUCCGCCGAAGCAUCGUUGGCAGUGCCGGACACUGGGCUGCGCAAACCUGCUCACGCAGGGGACGCAUUGGAAAAACUGCGACGUGUGUCGGACGGCGACGCACCGGCUACGGAAGCAGGAGCGGUUGCAGAUGCGCGACAACAUCAUGGGACGGGCGAUCGCCAACGCGGUCCGGACUGCCGUGAGGGAGGAAGAGACCACGUCGAGACGGAAGCGGGCGCUGCCCAUGGCCGAAGACGAUGCGCAAGAGGAGAGCGGAGGUGAUCUGAACAACCUCGGCGAGUUGCCCGCGUAUCAGCAUUUCGCCGCCCUGCUCGAGUCGUUAUGUACCCGCUUCGCGCAGUUCAAGGACGUGCAGACGCGCUACGUCCAGCUCAAGGCGCUCUCGGGGGCGGCGCGUAAGGCGAUGGUGUUCAAGUUCGGCGGCGAGUACUCGGUCGUUGCCGACCCGACUGGCGGCUCCGUCGACGCGCUCGUCGGCACCGUCAUCCGCAACAUCCAGGCCGCACUCGGGCUCACGUUCAGACCUGCCGGGUUCCUUUCUGGCCCCGAAGACUCCGUUGUCGCUGUGUUGAGCUGCGAGUUCGUCGCUUGGAUCCCUCUAGUCGGCCAGGAACAACAGCCUGCCGCAACGCCCCAGCCCGGAACCGCGGCGCAAGCCUCCGAUAAGGCGGACUCGGCUCAGGAGGCUCGGAUGGAAGUUACGAUGACGGGCGAGCUGCACGUAUGUGUCGCGUGGGACCGUCGACACAAGUUCUUCCCUGGGCAACGUAUCAUCAUCCGGUUCAAGUUGGUCGGGUAACCUCACGGGGCAUGCACUGCUUUUAUGUUUAUCGGCUUGUCGUGAGUGUGACACGUUCCGUGCGCGAUCAUAGUAUGUAAAGUUUAUUCAUAAUAUACGAGGCGUUCAUCGAACAGCCUCAGGGUUUUUGUGUAAU